GACGGGCACUACUGAGGGAAUAAUGGGAAUGGUCGUGUAGUAAGCUCCUGGAAUGUGGAAGCAAUAAUUUAAAAUAACCUCGUUGCGAUGAAUCCGUCGUAGGUGAGCACAGUGUUAAAAGGGCAGGAAUAGGGAAUCACAGGCAGGGUAUUAUCAACAUGACAGGCGCCAAUGGCCAUAGCGUUGGUGGUAAAGCUGGCAAGCAAAGCAGAUCGAAAGCUGCUAACACUGCAGGUGUGCACCCGGCAACAGCUUCGAGCAAUAAUGUCAGCAAAUCUUCCGGCGAGGAAGACGAAAAAGAUGGUGGGGUGCUUUUCUAUGUGAAUAAAAGUGGCUUCCCGAUUGAUGAGCGAACUUGGCAAAGAAUGUGGACGCAUGUGGCAAAAAUACAUCCUGAAGGGAAGGAGAUGGAGGAAAGCAUACGGAAUGCUGCAUUUAUACCCCGUCCUCCAGUACCGUUACUGCCAAAAUACAAGCAGUCCAUGUCAGUGCCAGAAUGGCUGCGCACAAUACAAAGCUACAUGAAGCUUCUGCAAUACAAUCACACUGGAACUCAGUUCUUUGAGAUUAAGAAAAUCAGACCUUUGAGCUGGUUGAUGGACACAGCCAGAGAAAUGACUCGUGAAUCAUUGCCAAUUAAAUGCCUUGAAGCUGUGAUUCUUGGAAUAUACCUUACUAAUGGACUAGCAGUCAUAGAACGCUUUCCAAUCAGCUUUAAGACCCAGUUCUCAGGGAAUUGCUUUCACCAUGUGGUGCUUGGUGUCUAUUACAAUGGUCGCUAUGGCACACUGGGUAUGAGCAGGAGAGAGGACUUGAUGGACAAGCCCUUGAUUUUUCGAACACUCAGUGACUUGUUUUUUGAAUUUGAGGAGUCCUACAGAAAGUACCUGCACACUGUGAAAAAGGUGAAGAUUGGCUUGUUUGUAUCACAUGACCCACACAGUUUCCAGCAGAUUGAAUGGAAGCACUUAGUUCUAAACACAGGCAAGAUGAGCAGAGAAGAAGUGAGGAAGGAAUUGGAGAAGCAUGCUCGAGAUAUGAGAAUGAAGAUGAUAAAAAUCUCAGGUUCCCAGUCUCCGGUUAAAGAACGACAACGGGGAAAAUCUUUGUCACCUCGGCGCCGCCAAAUAAGCCCUCAGAGACGACUUAACCGAAGAGAGAAAUCGCCUGCCAUAACAGAACGGAAGCCAGCAGAACUCAGCACACUGAAUGAUGUUGGAUAUCAAAUCCGCAUCUAAAGAAGCCAUGGAGUGAAAGCUUUUACUUUUCACUAUCUAUAAUGGUGCUCUUCCAUGCACUUUACUUUCCAAAUCUUAAUGGAUGAACGCUACUCAUGAUGGUUGGCGUACACUUUUGUUUGGACAAUGAAACCCAGAAGGUCAAAAAAGUGGUGCACUAAUCUAUGUAUCCUGUGUAUUUUGUACAUAAAACAAAAUUACAUGAAUCUAUUCCCCAAUUGCAGCACUGUGAUUAAUAUUCAUAUUACUGGUUCGUAGCUAUUGGGAGGCAUUAUAGUGUGAAUCCCAUGGCUGAAA